UAGUGCUCUUUAGUGCCAGCUGAGUUCUAAGCUUAAAGGCUCAUUUUCUUUUGUUCGUGCGCGCUCACUUUUUAAUGGAAGCGAGCCUGAACAUUACACGUUUUGUGAAAUUUACAACAUAACAUUUUGCAAUAUGAUGCUAUUUUUUAGCUUUUUCUGGGGAUAUCUUGCGGAUAUCAAAGGAAGAAAAUUCUCCACCAUACUUUCGACAGCGUUGUUGAUAUUGACAACGUUAGCGUUUGGAUUCAGUACCACUUUCGAAUGGGCGAUCGUUACUAGAUGCAUACAAGGCUGUUUUAUGGGUAUAAAUGUUAUUGCGAAAGCAAUAAUGGCGGACGUUUGUGACGACACCAAUCAAGCUCUCGGAAUGUCUUUACUAAUGUGCUCUUAUUCUACUGGAUUAAUUCUUGGACCAGGCAUCGGAGCAUUUUUGGCGUUUCCUGUGGAUAGCUACCCAAGUAUAUUUACAGGUUCAAUUUUUGCCAAAUUUCAAAUUCUUUUACCGCACCUUGUCGUCGUCUUCGCUCUACUGGUCGCCGUAUGUUUGACCGUUUAUAUUUUACCACGUGAUAGAAGCAUGACAAUUGAUGAAAAGACGAAACUUUUAACUUCAAACAAAUCGUCUGUCUGCAGUUCCGGAAAGAAAAACGAAAUUUUUGAUGUUGUGGAAAAUGAAAUAGUAGAAUAUAAAACCAGGUCCUGCUGUCGCGCAUGUGACUUUAAAAAUUCGCGACUUGGAAAUAUUUUGAGGUAAAGUUAUUGAUUAGACUUCUGCUUUUGUUAUAAAAUUUCCAUUAUAAGGAAAGCCGAUUUAGAAGUUUGAACUGAAGGUACCUUUUUGUUA